CUGACCAGCCAACGGUUUUUAUUUUUUCUGUGUGUGUGUUUUUUUUUUUUACCGUUAGGCUGAAUCUGUACAAGGUUCCACGCGAACGUUCCAACGGUUAUUUGAAAAAACUUGUCACGAGCGCUUACGUUAGCCAACUUGUUUGUUUUUUUCAAACAGAGCAACAUUCUAAAACCAGCCGUUUUUUUUUUCCCUCGAACACAUUCAAAGAAACCCCGUAGAUUAUUCUAUUUAAAACAAACUGGUGGCUUUAAUAAAGAGGGCAGAGCACCCUAAGGCGUUGAAGAAGUGACACCCUCAGCCUUCGUGCAGCACGCUCACACCAAAGCCCUUAACGUCACCUGAACCAUCUCUAACAAGCAUUAAAAGGAAGAGCUUUAUUUUAUCCCUGUUAUUGUUGAAAAUGGCGGCGAUCGGAAUGGUGCAGAUGUUGAUCGAAGCAGCUGAGUACCUCGAGCGCAGGGAACGAGAAGCCGAACACGGCUAUGCCUCCAUGCCACCCUUCAUCAGCAGCCAAGAGAGGGAAAGCUUGAAAAGGAAAAGCAAAAGCAAGAAAAACACAAGUAGCAGGUCUACGCACAAUGAAAUGGAAAAGAACAGACGGGCACAUCUAAGGCUGUGUUUAGAGCGCCUAAAAUCCCUCGUUCCCUUAGGACCAGAUGCUAAUCGGCACACCACCCUCAGCCUGCUGAUGAAGGCCAGAGAUCAUAUCAAGAGGUUGGAGGAGAGCGAUAGGAGAGCUCAGCAUACUGUGGAGCAGCUACAGCGGGAGAGGAGACACCUGAGGAGGCGUCUGGAGCAGCUGGGGGUGGAGAGGACCCGCAUGGACAGUACCGGCUCGGCUGUGUCCGACAAGUCCGACUCUGACCAAGAGGAUCUGGAUGUGGAUGUGGAGGGGACGGACUACCUGCUGGGUGACCUGGAGUGGAGCACCAGCAGCGGGGGCGACUCAGGGGACGAGCGAGGCAGCCUGCGCAGCGGCUGCAGCGACGAGGGCUACUCCAGCGCCAGCCUGCUGCUGCUGCAGGACACUCAGGAGAGGGCCAAGCAGUUAGGCUGCAGCCUAUAGACGGCACUGGUCGCUGACCCCAAACUCCCGCUUUUACCCCCUCAACCAAUCCCAUACCAAGAUAGCCUCACCACUCCCUAGUCUCACUCAGACCUUACCAUCUCCCCUCCCUCCCCCUUCCCGUCUCCAUACAUACCAGGACUGACCAAGUCUGAGGCCUCUCGUCCAGCCGGGGCCUCUGCAGACUUUCUGUUCCCACAACGGCUUCCAUCCAGACUGCAACACCUCCAAGACAUCCGACAACAUCCGGCCCAUCAUCAGCGGCCAGUCAUUAGAGUGUCACCCACUCUCUGCUCUGCACCAAUCAAACGAGUGGGAUUUUAAAGACACUCCGUCUCUCCGUCCAUUCAUCAGAAAACACAACUUUCAGCCAGAGAAUGUUACCACACAAUAUCCCACUGCCUCUUUUUUCUAUGCCUCAAGAGCCAUGGGAAGCACUUAUGAGAUUUCACCCUAACUUCACACAUACUUAGACACACACACACACACACACAUAUACCCCCCUCCAUCGCGAGUCCUCCCAAAGGUGUGACACUGACAUGAUGUGGGGCCUUUUUUCUGCCCCGCCCACCAGGCAACCAUCCGUGCAUGGAAUUUUGCACUUACAAUUGCUUUUGUAAACAAAACAU